GAUAUAUUCGCCGCGGUUUGAAAAAAAAAAAAAAAAAAAAACCGGAAUGUUUCAAAUUACGGGCACCGGAACGGCGGCUCCGGCAAUGUCUGUGGUGUUUCCGAAUUCGUGGAGACGACCGGUUAUGCUUCCUCUCCGGAGCGCAAAGACCUUCAAGCCUCUCGCAUUUCUCGAUCUCAAAGGAGGCAAAGGAAUGAGUGAGUUCCAUGAGGUUGAGCUCAAAGUUCGUGAUUAUGAAUUGGAUCAAUUUGGUGUUGUGAACAAUGCUGUUUACGCAAACUACUGUCAACACGGUCGACAUGAGUUUCUAGAGAGUAUCGGUAUCAACUGUGACGAAGUAGCACGUUCUGGGGAAGCCUUAGCAAUUUCAGAGUUGACAAUGAAGUUCCUUGGACCUUUACGUAGCGGAGACAAAUUUGUGGUGAAAGCAAGGAUAUCGGGGACAUCUGCUGCGCGUAUUUACUUUGAUCAUUUCAUCUUUAAACUUCCUAAUCAAGAGCCUAUAUUGGAGGCCAAAGGAAUAGCUGUGUGGCUUGACAACAAGUACCGUCCUGUUCGUAUCCCAUCUUCGAUUCGCUCUAAAUUUGUUCACUUCCUACGUCAAGACGACGCCGUUUGAUUCACCUCAUCAGACCAAUUAAAUCUACUUAAAUGGG